AUGGUUGCAGUCGCCGAACGGGUUUGCGGUGUCCGGGUGACCGAAGCGCGGAUGAGGCCUUUACGCAAUACCAUUGUAAGCCUGAAGGAGGAACUCCAUGAUGCAGAGACUGAGCGUCGCAUUCUCUCUGAGCAGAAUUGUGUGGUGGUCAGCAAGAAAGCCAUUCUGAAGGAGCAUGUGCUCACUCUGGAGGACCAAGUGGAGCGCCUCGAGGAUCGAGUAAGCUUUCUGAAGCAAGAAAAAAACAUGGUGCUAGAGAAAGGAGUGAUUCAUGCGAUUGAUAGAGUCAUUGAGAAUAUUGAAUUCUCCAAAGGGGUCCACGAUGUUUGUGAGGCUUGUGAGGAGCUUGGGUUCGAGAAGGGGAGACAAUUGGUUGGGUGCUCCACGUCUUCAAGUAAAUCUGAAGUUCUAGGUCCUAGCCAAGUGGCAAGCAGAGCCAAGGAAGUCAAAAUUGCCCUUACGUCUUUUGUCGAGACAGAUUUUGCUGACCUCUUUCAUUUAGGGGAGUUAGAUUAUGAUGGCUUCCGCCAAUUUAUGGCAAGCAGAGCCCGAGAGGUUCUUCCUCAGACUAUGAGGGCUGAUUUGUAUAUGCCCCUUGUUGGUUUUGAAAUUGAUGUUCCUUCCCAAGCACUGUUUGCAAGGGGAGGGAUUGUGUAUUUUGUCAUGCAUUGUUACGGAAGUGCUCUCUUACUUUUUACUUUUGUUGUAUGGUUUACGUCGUAUUGGCUAGUGUGCCACAAACGUUGCAUAGCUGCUACUACUGAUCUAUGAUGCGCCUUCAUGGGUCGAGGCUUCCUCUUGCUUCCCCUGGCGAGGCCUGGUGUGGGGGAACAAUGCAUCGCUUUACAUGUUUUGGGGUUGUUGUCGCCUUCCUUUCUCUUUGACCAGGUGAGCACUAUAACUGUGGGAGUCGCCUCCCCUUGA